UUCCGCCCGUUCAACGAUACCAUCGACGGGUACAAGCUCUUCCGCCCGGAGGACUGGAUCGAGGUCAAAGGGUCGGGCAACGACGUCUUCUUCCGCAAUCCCGCGCGCGCGGAGGAGAACAUGUUCGUGUCGAUAUCGUCGCCGUCGUCCACGAAGUUCGACACCGUGCGCGACCUCGGCACCCCGGAGGACGUCGCGAAGAAAGUCCUGGACCAGUAUCUCACGGAGUUCAUGUCCACGAGAAUCGGCGUCCGAAGAGAGAGCUCGGUGGUGAGCGCCGCGGAGCGCGUCGAGACGGGGCUAGACGGCGCGGAGCAAAUCUUCUACGACGUCCGGCUUCGCAUCGCGUCGUACGCGACGAAGAAUCAGUACGGGCUCACGGAGGCUGACCGACCGCAGACGUUGGAGUGGGACCGCGUCCUCGCGAGCUCGUUGGGGGUGGCGAACAAGCGGCUGUACGAGUUGAGGGUGCAGACCGCGGCGGAGGACGCGGCGGACGCGGAACCGUCGUUUGAGAUCGUGCGGAGGAGUUUCAAG